GCCCGCGCCUGUCAGUCGUGCCGGAGCGGAGCAGCGGACAGCAUUGCCGGGCCGGCAGCUCUGCGAAGAGGCUGCGCGCGCCGGCCAGGCCGGGCGGAGAGCCGGGCCUGAGGCUAGGAGAGGGUGCUGGGCAGCGCGAGGCUGCGGCCCCGAGAGCCCCGCGAACCGUCCCGGACCACGGGCACCGGAGAGACCGGCGCGCCGCCUCUGCUGCGGCGCUCGAGCACCACGCCGAGUGCACGGCUCUCCAUCCCCAAGUGUGCCCUGCGCCAGUUGGAUCUGCUGGUCCUCAGCGCCAAGGCCCGCGAGGCUGCAUCCCAGCUUCUGCCGCUCGCUGCGGCUGCCUCUGCCGCUGCUCGCCGGCUUCCCCUCCCCCCACACCCGGGGCUCGGAGCAGGAGGAGGAGGGGCCGGUUCGUUCUCUGCGCUGCUUUCUGCAACCUGCGGGGGCCGGUGCACGCCGGGCGAGGAGCCCGGGCCGCUGCAGGUGCGUGCAACCCUCGGAGGAGACGGACUCUCCACCUCUGGGCAAACCCGAGAGCUGCAAGCGGAGGGCGGGCGGGCAAGCGAGCGGAAGCAACAAAGACAGGCUGCAGCUGGGGCUGGCGAGAGGGGCCGCGGCCGCCGGCCUCCCAGCGCGGACGGAGAGGGCGCCCUGGGAGAGGCGCGGGCAGAGCUGCAGCGGUGAGCCGGGCCCCGAAGGGAGGCGCAGCGCCUCCCGCCGGACGUGUGGAGCACAGUCUCCUGCGAGGAUGCGCUGCCUGAGCGCGCGAGCGGCCGGGGUCCCAGGCGGACGCGACCGGUGCUGAGAGGAAAAAAACCCUUUCCCGACUUCGGACGGCGCUUCCGGACGCAGGGAUCGCCUUCACCGAUAGCUCCCCAUUCCACAAGAAGAAAGGCAUCGGCCCCCUAAGGGGGGCCUUCCUCGGGCAAUCUUUAUCACUCCUGCAUGGCCGCAACCUGCAGAUCGGAGCGUCGUGGCCUCUAAGACUUAGUGCCCUCCGCCCGCCUGGCUGACACGGGAGGACAAGGCCUUGAAGUCUCCAGCUCUGAUUUGAACACGUUGCUGGACUGUGGCCGUGGUGCCAUCCUAUGACCACCCUUCCAGAGAAGCUGUGUGGCUGAGAGGAUUCCUGCUGCAGAAGUGCCCCGCCCAGGGCUCCCAGCUCAGCCAUGCUGGCCUGUCUGCAGAGGACUCAGAACCCGCCUAGCCAGCACCUGGCCUGCCCAAACAAGAGCCUGGAUCUGCGCAAGUGUGAAUCCGUGGCCAGCUCUAUGCAUUCCUCCCGCUACCCCAGCCCAGCCGAGCUGGAUGCCUACGCGGAGAAGGUGGCCAACAGCCCCCUGUCCAUCAAGAUCUUUCCCACCAACAUCCGAGUGCCACAGCACAAGCACCUGAGCCGCACGGUCAAUGGCUACGACACCAGCGGCCAGCGUUACAGCCCCUACCCUCAGCACACCGCCGGCUACCAGGGCCUGCUGGCUAUCGUCAAGGCUGCCGUCUCCUCUAGUGCGCAUGCGCCCACCGGGCACGCCAAAAGCGUGCUGAAGAGCGUGGAAGGCAAGCGGACUAAACUGUCACCAGCCACCGUGCAGGUGGGCAUUGCGCCCUACCCAGUGCCCAGCACCCUGGGGCCCUUGGCCUACCCAAAGCCACCCGAGGCGCCUGCACCACCGCCUAGCCUGCCUGCAGCAGCCACGGCCACCUCUGUGAUCCCUCUGCCAGGCAGGGGCCUGCCCCUCCCCCCCUCCAACCUACCCUCUAUCCAUAGCAUUCUGUACCAGCUCAACCAGCAGUGCCAGGCCCCGGGCGCUGCACCCAGCGCCUGUCAGGGCGUGGCUGUGCCCCACCCCAGUCCAGCCAAGCAUGGCCCGGUCCCUAGCUUUCCUAGCAUGGCUUACUCCGCCACAACGGGUCUGCCAGACUGUCGGAAGGGCACAGAACUAAGCCAGGGAGCCACACCAGCCUUGACACUGGCUGGGGCCACCAAACCCACAGGGUAUGCAGAAGGUGGCCUGGAUUACCUGCUGUGGCCUCAGAAGCCACCCCCACCCCCACCCCAGCCACUGCGGGCCUACAGUAGCAACACCGUAGCCGGCAAGUCCCAGUCCCCAGAGACUUGUGGCGGGAGGGCCUUUGAGAGGGCCAACGGGUCGCCCCAUAACUGCAGCAUGGGGCUGCCCAGCAGCUUCACCGUGGGUCAGUACUUCGCUGCCCCUUGGAACAGUGUUCUGGUGACACCUACCAGUGACUGCUACAAUCCAGCGGCUGCUGCCGUAGUGACAGAGCUGGGACCAGGAGUUGCCCGGGAGCUAGCCGGGCCUCCUGGAGACGCACUCUCAGGCCUGACCAGCAAGAGUGUGUGUAACACAGCGGUGCUGAGCAGCAGCCUCCAGUCGCUGGAGUAUCUCAUCAACGACAUCCGGCCACCCUGCAUCAAGGAACAGAUGCUGGGCAAAGGUUACGAGACGGUGGCCGUGCCCCGGCUGCUGGACCAUCAGCACGCCCACAUCCGCCUACCUGUCUACAGAUAAGGUCUGCCCUGCGGACACACGGACAGACGGACAGGGUGCUGGGGGUUGCCAGGCCAUAGCACAGGGCAGGAAGCUAGCAGGGCGCCCCGCCCACCCCGUGUCCACUGGGAAGCCAGGCAGGUUACCUCCUCACUUCAGUGGGCAAGCGGGCUGAUCUCACACACUAGGGCUUCUCCUUCCGCUUGCUGCCCCAGGAAGCAGGGAGGGUCCCAGGCUGGCUACAAGGCUCCUUCAUCCUUCAUCCAGGCAGGGAGAGAGGACCUUCUGGGUCUCCAGCAGAGGGGUGCUCCAGUCAUCCUGUCAUACACUGGGUCUCUACCCUCAGUCUCUCAGAAAAGGAGCAGAGGGGAUCCAUAUCACGUCCCUGGGUCCAAAGUGCCCCAUCCUCUACCAACUAAUCCAGGUGAAGACCACCCUGACUCCAGAUUCCCUCUCAGAGGCCUCAGGACUACCAGCCCCCUGUUCCUGCUGACUCUUCCCCUACCCACCCAACCUACUCUGUACACCCCAGACCAGCCCCGUCUCCACCCCUACCGUACAUCUCACAGGGCUGCUGGGAACAGUUGGUGCAUUGCACAAGGGCACCUUGCCCAAGGAGACUCCACUCACAUCUUAGACUUGUGUAUUUAUUACAAUUGUCUGCAUUUCGAGGGAGGGACACCAUCUUCUAUUCGCACAAAGAUGUCAUGGGGGGGCUAACAAGGGACCUGUAAAGGCUCCAUUCAUAAGGACGAUCUUGCCUUCUUCGUGUGUCGGGAUCUCCUGGGGACCAGUGGGAGGGUGACCUGGCUAUAACUGGAAUACCCAAUCCAGCUCCCGUUCUGACUCCCUUUUCCCCCUGCACUGCUGUGGGGAUGGGGGUUGGGGGGAAGAUAAGCCCAGGAAGUCCUCAAGGCCUGCAGUCCCCUGGCCCCGCCGGCCCCAGGCACUCCAGAAACGGAAGCAGAAGUGGUACUGUAUCUCUCCAAGGCCUGUCUGAGCACUAAGUGCAUUUACAAAUCUCUGAGAAUGUUUUUUUAUACUAAAAUUGACCAUUAUAUUCUACUGUGAGAAGUGCAGUCUGUCUGCACUAUAUUGUUUUAAAAACGAAGAGAAAGAAAAAAAAGGAAAACAGA